AUGGUGCUCUCCACCGAAAAAGUGAGACUCAUAGAUUAUAUUUACCGAGGAAAAAAGGGUGGAAGAGGUUUGAUCAGCUAUGAAGGAUGCAUUCGUGCAGAGAACAGUUUGGGAUGGUAUGUAAAAAACAUUGUAGAAUCACUUUUACAACAAGUUGCAAAGACAAGUGUGAUUGAAACGGAAAGAUGCGAAACAAAAGAAAAUUUUAAGAAGAAAGCAGUAGAGAAGCUAGAGAAAGCCUGGAUUGACAAGAGAAUGUAUGGACAAUAUAAAAGAGAUUUAGGCAAUGACGUGGAUAGGGAGAAGACAUGGUGGUGGCUGAAGAAAGGGAACCUGAAACCGGAGACUGAAGCACUUCUGUGCGCUACACAAGAACAAGCUCUAAGGACAAAUUAUGUAAAGUUUCAACUGUUGAGUCUCCACUCUGUAGACUCUGUGGGGAAAAGGGAGAGCAUAUAA